AUGAAGGUCCGCGCUGGCACUUACGAUGAUUAUCCAGACUAUUACGCUCGCGCUCCCCGUCCAUACCAAAUUUGUGGCUUUGAUGGUGCGGGAAUCGUAACGAAAAAAGGCCCUGCUUGUUCGCUCUUCAAUGAGGGAGAUGAAGUCUUUUACUCCGGUAGUCCAGUCAGACACGGAUCCAACGCAGAAUUUCAAUUGGUGGAUGAGCGCUCUGUGGGACAUAAGCCAAAUGGCUUGGAUAUGGCUGGGGCUGCUGCCAUGCCGCUUACGUAUAUCACAGCAUAUCAGGCACUCAUUGAACAAAUGAAGAUCGAAAACAAGGAGAAAGCGGCAGUACUUAUUAUCAACGGAGCCGGUGGUGUCGGGGCCGUGGCUAGUCAAAUAGCCCGCCAGCUCCUUGAAUUGCCAGUCGUGAUUACGACCGCUUCACGCCCGGAGAGCGUUGACUUCACGAAAAAAAUGGGAGCAACACACGUUCUCAAUCAUAGGGAUGAUUUGGAGAAACAAAUUCAGAAUCUCAACCUCAAUGUUCCUUUGAAGUACAUAUUCAUCACGCAUUCUACCGACAAAUAUAUGGGCGUGUGUGCAAAGAUUUGUGCGCCAUUCGGUAAGGUAUGCUCUAUUGUACAAGGCCAGGCCAAAAUGUACGGCACAGAGUUUAUGGCAAAGUCGUUGUCAUUCAUAUGGUGCCUGAUUGGUACCAGACCUGUAUAUGGCACGGACAUCGAGUCUCACCAUCGAAUCCUGGAAGAGUUGAGCCGGCUGUUGGAUUCUGGAAAAAUUCGUUGUCACCUGACGCAUCGACUUGGGUUGACACAUCAUGGUCUUCGUGAAGCCCACCGGUCUGUAGAGAGUGGGGGCAAUAUUGGAAAGACUGUUCUAACGAUUGGUGAUAUUCGCGGUGCUGAGUCUUUCGUGUAA